UUUGAUACGAUUCGGUAAUAUCAGAAAGACAUAACGUGUUUCUCUAUUUUGUAGUUAAAGACUUUUGCAACCGUGUAACAAGUUCAAAGACACGUGUUUGUUAGUUUAAUCGAUUUUAGUAGUGAGCGCCACUGAAAAUCAACUGCCCAACAUUUUCCCAUUUCUGCAGAAUGUAGUUAUCGGGUUUGAUUCGCGAUAAGCUUACCAUGCCGCAGGUAAUCUUAUCAUUGAGUGAUAAUAGUUAUAAGUGUCAGUGAGUUAUGCGCUGUACGCUACGUUGGUACUCGCGCGGGGACAGGUAACACAACAACUCCUGAACUUAAUCGGCAGGUCGCAUCAGUGAUCGCGUUAGUGAGUGACCAUGACGCUCAAACACCUCUGCCUGUUGUUGCUGAUCACACUAGUCACUUGUGAAGCUGGGAUAAAAUCCGACGAAACGCCUAUUCCAGUUGAAACAGAUAAUCAAUUUCCACCUGAAACUAAUUCCGAAUUAGACGGAAGUAUUCUAGAUGGCAGCGGUGGAGGUCCUAUCGAAGAACCAAUAGAAGUUACUACCCUAUCUUCUGCUCCAUUACUCGAAGAUGUUCAGUUGACAGCUAAUGCCGAAGGAACUGCGACACAGUCCGGUGAUUCAACAUGCCCAAAACCGUGCGUGUGCCACACUGAGGGUGAUUCGAGCAAUUUCGUAGUAGACUGUUCAGGAUAUGGGCUCACUGAAUUCCCAACUCCUUUAGAUGUACGAACUACAAUACUAAACUUACAAAACAACAAACUGACUGGGAUACCGAAGGAUGUAGCUUCCCUCAAAAAUUUGAAAGUUUUAAAUGCUAAUAAAAACUCUAUCAUGGGCUUGGAUUUAGGCUCAGUCAGCGAGCUGCCUGGUUUAACGGUCUUAAAACUAGGAAAUAACAGAUUAAUUGAAUACCCACAAGAUUUGAAAAACGGAUUUUCACUAACAAAAUUGGAAGAGCUGGAUUUAGGCGGCAAUGAUAUCAGGACAGCUCUCACUACAGAUUUGUUCUCGAAUUUUAAAGGCCUUCGUAAGUUGACUUUACCCUCUGCUGCGUCAUCUUUAAAUGAAGAAUUAUGUAACUCUUUUAAAGGCACCUUAGAAAGCGUCUGCACAGAAUCAUGCAAAGAACAUUUAUUUGAAUGCCCAGAUGCACGACGACCAUUGGAAGGCGAAGGUUGGCUAGACGCUAUUUCACCUGGCACUAUUGCUCUUACAUCAAUAUAUGCAGACGAAUCUCAUUCUGCAAUCAAGCCUGAGGUAGCUAAAACUGCACAAGCAGACACUAAGCAAACAGAAACACAAAAGAACACAGAGCCUUUACAAAAUAGUCAGGUGUCAUUGAGAACGGCUAUUAACAGUGCACCUAUUGCAACAGGUCAAACAACUUCGACUGUAGAGUCUAAUAAAGAGAAGGAUACGGAUGUUAAGGUAGCCGUAGGAGCAACUACUGCGGAAACUAAGUCUGGAGGAGUAGAUAAAUCAAUCAUUGGGAUGAUGGUAGCCGGUAUGGUGGUAAUAGUAGCAGGCAUUACAAUCAAAAAGAAUUGGAGUUCCAUCAGAAACAGAUUCAGUUCAUCACCAAGAGCAGCAAAUGAACGUUCAGCUACAACUGCUAAUGGGACCACUCCAGAAGAAGUGCCUCUGCAAGAAAAGUCACCUGUUUAAACAUUGCUUUUAAGAAUGUUCCGUGUAGGUAUUUGUACCGCAGUAAAGGUAUUUAAUUUCAUAAAAUAGAAACUUAAGCGGACAACUUGCUCUUAAUGAAUUGGUUCCAGGUGCCGUUAAUGUGGUUAAAGUCAAUUUGUAGUGUGUAAUUUCGAUCUGAGUGUUUUCAGUUUAUUUAUUUGUGAAUACUUUCCAUUUAAAGUAUGUAUGAACAGAUACAAUAUACUUUAUUCUAUAAUAAAAAAUACAAAAAACACGCGUGUCAGGUAAACAGAAAGAUAAUUAUAAUCGAAAAUAUAAGUUAAGACGCUUUAGUUUAAGGUUUUGAAUUUACAGUUUAAAUUCAAUAUUUAUCAAGCUAUAAUGUAUAUAGAUAUAUUAUUUUCUAUAUUGUAAUCUUUAGUAGAUACUUUAGAUUGUAAUCUUUUUUAUUUUGACAUUAAUAAGGUGCUAUCCCGUA